GUGUAGCAUCGUGAACUCGACUUCUUGCAGUGCUUGCCAACUAAAUGGAUUAUUCGCCUGGUAUUGUUGCAGUGUCCUCUGUUUUUGUGAACAAUGUGAUUUGUUUCGUUUAUUAAUUAGUCAACGACGAUGGAAACAUUUUGUGCGUCCAGUGUGAAUCCAUCGAAAUUUCGGCCGAAUUUGACGAACAAUUUUUACCAUAAUGUACCACCGUGUCCGCAGAGGAAUUUCAGACAAACUGGGAGCGAGUACGCGUUGCCGAGCUGCAAUCGAAGAGCAACGCCGUCUCUCGGCCAUAACUCGCAAACUUUUUGGCAAAGUCGAAACACAGCAAGACCUGUCAGAUCCUGCAUUAGUGUCAACGAAUACAAUAAAGCAUCGAAAGGAAAGCUAUGUACGAUUGCUUUAGCUGUAGCUUCAUUUUUAGUUUUAGUAGCAGUAUUAGCCAUUGCGGGCAUGGCCCUCUACAUGGGAACCCUUCACACGGAGACCAAUAGUAGCGCGUUAAUGACAUUUAGCUGUAGCGUUAAAGUAUUGAGGGGUGAUAGAUUUGUUGGGGCUUUGAAAGAGAAGGCGAUUAAAUAUAAAGGACAAUUGGAAGCACUUUACCAAAGAAGCGUUUUGGGUCCAGCUUUGGUCUCAUGCACGUUUGAGAGAUUUGGUAACGAUACGCUCACUAUUUAUUUUAAGCUAACCCUAAAUAAACGAAAACUAACAAAAAACGCUUCAAGUGUAGAGAAAAACAUCAAAGAUAUAUUAUUGACUGAUGCGAUAUCGAGAAAGCCGAUAUUUAAAAACAUAAGGUUCGAUCCACGAAGCGUACACGUUCGGCAAACGAUAGAAUCAGAAAAACUCCACAGUGUCGCGAACAAUCAUCAAGCAAAGGAUAACAACUUGAAGGCCAUCAAAACUGGGGUUGUAAUAAAAACUCAUAACCACAACGUAUCGCACAUUACAGUGCCGACGAAAAAACCGAUUGUUAAAGACGAAAUCGACAUUAAAGAAGAGGACUUGCCGGUUAUUCAAGGAUCUUUUAAAAUUAGCAAAACUGAGGCCGACAUUACCGAGAAGAAGACUGAACCAACCACUACCAAUAAAUCACCUACGGUCAAAGUAACAUUUCCUUCGUCAAUAAAAAAGACCACUUUCAAAGAAUCCGCAGUGACCAGUGCGCUGUAUAAAAUUGCAGCCAUUGAGAAAGUUACUAAAAACCCGGUACCAAGUUCAAUCAGCACGACCACGCAGGUUUCAGUUAUUACAGAAAAAGCUAAAACAACUCUGCCUACACUGCCAUCAUCAUCAUCAUCAUCAUCAAAUAGAUCAAAAUUUGCCGGGGUCGAUCCCCAUAUGUUUGAUGAUGAACCCUGGAUACCAAUAGUGCCCGGAUUAAGCGGGGACGAUGUGGAUCCCGAGGUAACACCUUCCUACAUCGAUAAAGCCGAUGAAACCGCCCCACCAAAUAACCACAAACCUUUCUACACGAGCUUCACGAAUCCGAGCCUUUCGUUUCAUUUUUUGGAUAAGGAAACACUUGGUUCGACCAGCAUCAAAAGUCACCCGAUCCCAGUCAAUAAAUUACCUCAGACAACACAAUCACAUUUAAAUGUGUAUACUGAUUCCACUGAAAAACCGACUGGUUUCGUGGAAAUUGAAACGGUUAAGUACGUUCCUGGAAACAAAGAGGUUGAGGACUUGAAGAAGGAGCAAAUUAUGAAAAAUAUUUCUGCGAUAUUCCACACGUUGGCUUCCUCGUUAGACACGGAUCAUUUCAACAUAUCCGACAUUUAUAAUAAUGGAAAUGAAGAAUUGACAAAUAAAAAUGAUGGUGAUCAGGCAGAGAAAGACGUGAGUUUUGGCGAAGGUCAAGUUGAAGUGGUGGAAGGUGAUGUUGAAGAUUUAAUGCUGCAAACAACAAAGCUGCCUUUGGUUACUUUGUUGCCGGCCAAAUCUAACUCAGGCGUUGGAAGGCCUCUGAGAAAGCGACCUUACAAGCCGGGCGAAACAAACAAUAUAUCCGUCGAGAACAGGAGUUUUCCAAGUCAAUCCGCCAAACUUAACUUAAACGUGGAACCAUCAAAACCGAAGUCCCAAACGGACGACUUUAAAAUUGUGGGCGUUUUAAAUUUCGCUACGGAAACUUCCAUAGAAAAUGCAAACAACAACAAAAAUAACCAAGACAUUGUACGAUUUCCGAAAAUGGAUAAUUCCACUGCAACAAAUAACACGGAAAUAUCGGUGUAUUCGACUAAUUCCUCAACAUCCAGCACGAGGAACAAUUUGAACAAAACAAAUCUGAACUUGUUAACUCCGGAAAAAUUGGCACAACUGGCUGAAAUCAGUAAAAUUCACGACAACCGAACUAUAUUCGAAAGCGAACCUGUCAUAUCUACUAAAGCCAUUUCAUCCCAUUACUCCAUUAACCAUUCAGGAUUUAAAAUUCUAACAAAGACUCUUAACAAAGCUAACGAUUUAACAGACGACAAAAACAUGAAUGGCAUUAACAAACUUUCCUUCGCGAUACAAAAUAGUAAAGAAUGUGGAAAUUCUAGUGUACGAUGUGGAGAUGGCAAAUGCUUGCCGGAAAGCACGAAAUGCAAUCAAUUAAUCGACUGCAGCGAUGGUCAAGAUGAACAAGACUGCAAUUGUGCGGACUACUUGCGUUCCCAAUACUUGGCAAGAAAAAUUUGCGAUGGAGUCGUUGAUUGUUGGGACUUCUCUGACGAAAACCAAUGUGAAUGGUGUAGUCCGAAUCGGUAUGUCUGUGGCAAUUCAAAGGUGUGCAUAGAUAAAUCAAAAAUAUGCGAUGGAUUCAGAGAUUGCCCUCAAGGUGAUGAUGAGAGGCAAUGUGUUACAAUCGCGGCUAACACCAAGUCUGCCGAAGAAUUUCCUUAUUACUCAGAUGGAUAUUUAAUGGUGAGGAAAUUUGGCCAAUGGGGUAAACUGUGUGUUGACAAUUUUGAGGAAGUCAUUUCAAAAUCGCAUAUAUCCUGGGAAAUAUCAGAUUUGGGAAGAGCCGUGUGUAAAUCAAUGACGUACCAAAACAUGGAAUCAAUUAAAUCGUACGUCGAAAGCGAUAAAAUAUCAGAACCAACUCCAUACUACGAGUUAAAUUAUUCCUUCCAAAACGAAACGAAAUCGAGUUUAUCAUUUAAAGACACGGCAUGCAAAAGUAAGAAAGUGGUCAAAGUUAAAUGCCAAACGUUAGAAUGUGGGGCCAGACCUCAGGCAGUCAAACAUAUAGCAAGACGUGGUUACAGGGUGGUUGGAGGAGGUAAUGCAAAUCUGGGAGCAUGGCCAUGGCAAGCAGCCUUAUACAAAGAAGGAGAAUUUCAAUGUGGAGCAACGCUACUAUCAGAUAAAUGGCUUGUAUCCGCUGGCCAUUGUUUCUACCAUUCCCAAGAUGAGCAUUGGGUAGCCCGGCUGGGCGCCUUAAGAAGAGGCACUUCUUUCCCCUCUCCAUACGAACAGCUCAGAGCAAUUUCGAACAUCAUCGUACAUCCAGGCUACGUUGAUUCUGGAUUUAUAAACGACAUAUCGCUCCUACAAAUGGAGUUUCCCGUUGUGUAUAGCGACUAUGUGAGACCGGUGUGCCUUCCACCUCCAAAUCAACCUCCAACUGAUGGCAGACUUUGCACUGUCAUCGGCUGGGGGCAGCUGUUUGAAGUCGGAAGAAUAUUUCCUGACACGCUUCAGGAGGUUCAGGUUCCUGUUAUAUCGACAGCAGAGUGCAGAAAACGCACUGUCUUUUUACCACUGUACAAAAUAACCGACGAUAUGUUUUGUGCUGGUUACGAAAGAGGUGGUCGAGAUGCUUGCUUAGGAGAUUCUGGGGGACCUUUGAUGUGCCCAGAAGCUAAUGGAAGAUGGGUUUUGCAUGGCAUAACCAGCAAUGGUUAUGGAUGUGCAAGGGCAAAUAGACCGGGAGUGUACACAAAAGUUUCCAAUUAUAUAACGUGGGUCGAUUCACAUGUUUUUGAUGAAAAUAAAUCUGAAAAUAGCACCAGAAUAAAGGGGAAAAACAUCUGUCACGGGCAUCGAUGUCCUCUGGGCGAAUGUCUACCAGAAAGUCGACUGUGCAAUGGUUAUAUAGAAUGUAGUGAUGGUAGUGAUGAGAAAAAUUGCUGAUAAUAACUUCAGUGUGAUAUAAAAAUUUACCUGUACUUUGUAUAUAGAAAACAUGUGUUCCGAUCGAUUAUUUAUUACCUAAGCCAAAAACAAAAAUUA